AUGGAUAACAUAGAUAAAAAGUGGUGGAUGCUUCAAAGAUGGAGCGAUGAAUAUGAAGAAGGAGUUGAGGAGUACAUUAGUAAGGCUUUUGCUAUUAAAGCACAAGGGAACCAGAUUUGUUGUCCUUGCAAUGUUUGUCAUUAUCGUUAUUGGCAGUAUAGAAAUGUUGUUAGGGAUCAUAUCAUUGUUAAUGGUUUUGUUCCCAGAAGUGAUAAGUUGUUAGACUUAGAUAUAAAUAUUGAAAAAGAACCGGAUGUGACAGAAGAACAUGAUGCGAUAUUAGACACGAAUGAUGACAUAGAGGGGUUGUUGCAUGAUACAAUGAGAGAAGGGCCGAAUGAAGAUGCAAAGAAGUUUUAUAGAUUAAUAGAAGAAGGUCAACAAGAAUUAUAUCCAGGUUGCAAGAAAUUUUCCAAACUGUCCUUUCUUAUUCAUCUAUUUAUAUACAAGUGUGACCAUAAGUUGAGCAAUGUAGCAAUGUCGGCUUUGUUAGGAAUAUUUAGAGACACGCUACCAGAUGCAAAUUUGCCCAAGUCUUUUAAUGAAGCAAAAAAUGUUUUAAGAGUUUUAGGGCUAGAUUGUCAGAAGAUUGAUGCAUGCCCUAAUGACUGCAUGUUGUAUUGGGAGGAGCACGCAAAUGCAACAAGUUGUUCUGUUUGCAAGACUUCAAGGUGGAAAGUAACUAAUAAAGAAAAGACUAAUGGGAAGGAUUAUAAAAUUCCUGCUAAAAUUCUAAGGUAUUUUCCAAUUAAGAAAAGGUUGCAAAGGUUAUUUAUGUGUCCGGAAACUGCAAAGUACAUGAUAUGGCAUAAAACGAAUGAUUCAGAAGAUGAGCUUUUACAGCAUCCAAGGGAUGGUGAAGCAUGGAAAACAUUUGACAAGAGAUAUCCAGACUUUGCCAAAGAUGCUCGUAGUGUGAGGCUUGGGUUAGCUUCAGACGGGUUUAACCCAUUCCACAAUAUGAGCAUUGUACAUAGUACGUGGCCAGUGAUAUUGAUCAAUUAUAACUUACCUCCGUGGUUACUUACGAAGCCUGAAUUUUUGAUGUUAGCAUUGCUUAUUCCCGGUCCCUUAUCCCCGGGAAAUGAUAUUCAUGUUUAUUUGCAACCACUAAUUAAGGAUUUGAAAGAAUUGUGGGAGGUUGGAUUGGAAACUUAUGACUCUUUAAGCAAUCAAAGGUUUGAUAUGCACGCAGCAUUGAUGUCUACCAUUAGUGACUUUCCUGCUUAUGCAAUGUUGUCUGGUUGGAGCACAAAAGGGAAACUUGCAUGCCCUGCUUGUCAUUAUGAAACUGAAUCAUUGUUUUUCAACAAAAGCCACAAACAUUGCUAUAUGGGUCACCCUACUUUUUUAGAUUUGUCCCACCCCUGGCGUCGUAAUAAGAGAUAUUUUAUUGGAGUUACGGGGCAAAGAGACCAACCAGUCGUUUAA